GAACCGCCACCAUAAGAACCCCUGAUUUAGAAUAUUGUCAUUUCUCGUCGAUUGAUUAUCCUGUAUGAUUCGCAGGGCAUGAAUCUCAACCUGAAAUCAGUCAUACUAAAGUUGUCCCUUAUAUUAUUGGUUUGGGUAGUGGUCGUUCUCGUUAUCCUUAGAAAUUCGAGUAGAGAAAGACUUUCCGUUCGAAAUUUUCUACUGAAUGGAAAUAUUGCCAUCGCUGAGACGGCCGCCGCCACCGCCGAGCCAACGGGUGACGCAAGAGCCCUCCCAGUCCCUCCCCCUGUGAUCGUUACGGAAACGGAUGGAGGCAAACCGGCAACUUCGUGCUCGUGCAAGGCAGUUCCUCUGUUUCGUUCUGACGUUUACCAAGAACAGCUCUCGCAACGAAUCACGUGGCUGAACAUGAGCUCGUUGGAACUCCUGAUGAAAAACCAUCCCAAUUUUCCUUACAGCAUGAUUGUAAACACCAGUAAAGAGUUCUGUGAGCUCCUACCAUCUUUGCAUGAAAUAGAAUGGGACGAAACGUAUUAUCAAGUCGCGGAGGUCCCUGGCACGACCUAUUUCCUCUACUCCGCCUUCCUGGACAACCGCCCCCUCGCAGAGACACGUCCUUGUAUCAGGGUCCUAGCGUUCACGAAAGCCAGGAAGCCAACCGCCCCUUGGUGCUACAUCUGGUUCAACGCCACAGGACCGCCAGCCGUGUCGCAGGUUACCAGAAAAGAUUUCGUGGACUGGCAGCCCAGGUCAAGCAACCACCACAUGUUUUAUGUUCUCACUUGCCGGGUUCCUGAGACCGUGGCCCACCUGAAGCCCUUGGCUGUGUCCAUUGUUCGUCAGCCAUGUGAGAAAGCUCGAACACUGCUACAGGUAACAGGAGCAAUGCAACGCAAUAACACAACAGCCUUCGUAGGAGGUGACGCGAAGGAAACAGUAAACGGCAUUCCUCUGUGGAACGUGGCGGUGUGCGGUCCGGCGCUCUUCUACUACCACGACGACAUCUCCAUCCGCUUGGUGGAGUGGUUCGAGCUGCUUCGGGCUAUGGGCUUCGCUAGGGUGUUUCUGCUGCAGACGCAAGUCCAUCCCAACAUAGAAAAGGUCCUGCGGUACUACGAGGCAGAAGGCUUUACUAGCGUCACUAAGUUCUCAUACCCAGGACCAUAUGCCAACGAACCAAACAUCCGAAGGCUGUGGGUUUUGCUGGAGCGACGUAAACUAUUCGCAAUGGAGAACAUGUACUUCACCGACUGCCUCCUUCGCCACAUGCACGAGUACCGCUUCAUCUCCCACUUCGACCCUGACGAGAUGCCGAUGUUGCCAAACCACGACUCCUUCCCGCGUUGGCUCUAUUCCCGGAUUCAAAGAACGAUGAACUAUUCAAGGCGACCCACAUCGUAUGACCUGAACUGGCGCUAUCACCACGAUGACCUGGAGCCUAAUGAGGACGAGUCGCUUCCGGAGUACCUGUGGUUUCUGCGCCACACGAGGAGAGCGAACAUCGAUGUUUAUAAAAGUCUGAAGAAACCCACCUACGACAUGGACGUAGUUACGGGCGUGUUCUCGCAUGGGGCGGUGACCUGUGUUUACGGGAAGUGCCUCCGGAAAGCCAACAAGUGCCCGCGGAAGGUGGCGUACCUCGGGCACUACCGGCGGGACUGCGGAGAGAAAUGCCUGAAGCCGGGAGCUGUGGCGAAUGAAUCUUCCCUUCUGCAGUACAAGGAUACCGUGGCUUCAGCCGUCAAAAGGGUUCUGGUGGAACUGGAGUUGAUAUGAAGCGUGUUGGAUCUCCUAGUCGCUUAUACUUUUCGGUAAUAGAUGGCCUGGUGUAUCUCUUUUUAUGCCAGAGGUACAAUAUGCCCGCCUUGAAUGUUAUAUUUAGGCAUUUUAUGUAUUUUAAUGUUAGACUUGUAUCAUUGUUAGAUAUGUAUUUCUUAAUUAUAAUAGAUGACUUGAUAUAUCUUUUUUAUGCAAGAGCAACAAUAUGCUCGUCUUGAAUGAAGAUUAUAUCAGUAUUAUAGAGUAAAAUAAUUAUUAUUUCAUUAUUAGACCUAUGUAUUUCUUAAUUACAAUACCAAUAGUGUUUAAUCAUACGAGCGAAUGUUUAGCGUGACAAAGCGAAGCAAUUGAGAAUAUGAUGUGAUCAAUUAAGUGGAAAAUAGCCUGUUGAAAUUGAGAUUGAGUGUAUAAUGAUGUAGCCGAAAGAGUCUCAAUAAGAAAAUUGUUAUUGCUGAAAGUUAAUCAAAAGUAGUAUGUAAGAUUAGAAUGAGUUAAUGUUGAUAAGUUGCUCUCUGGAAUGAGUCAGUGUCACUUCCGAAGCUGCCAUAAUAUGUCCAUGCCAAAUUAUUUUCAUGUAUUGUAGAUGUUUUUUCAUUUAGUUUGCCAAUUACAUUUUUACUAGGUAUUGUACUAUUGAUUAAGGUUUCUAUUUUGUUUCAUAUAUAAGUGUUGUUUCUUCUUCACUUCGUUAUGAAUCAUGUAUAUUAUUUUUUUCAAUAGGCGUCCUAAGUUUCAGUAUAAUAAUUUCGGUAAUUUUCUAUAUUACGUCCGCAUAACCGAUAUCGACGAUUUUGGUAUCGUUGGAUUCCUCUCA